AUGAGAAGGAAUAAAAAGAAGAGCACCAGGGCUAGGGCGUCCCCCGCAGGCGACGCGCAGGGACAUCACCCGGUCUCUGUGGAAAGUGGACGAGGGUUGUCGCAUCACGGGCGGGUGCGACAGAGUGAAGAGAUUUGUAUAGGAGGUGAUUUUAAUGGACAUGUAGGAGCUACAAAUGAGGGCUAUGAAAGGGUGCAUGGAGGGUGGGGGUAUGGCAAUCGUAAUGAUGAUGGAGACCAGUUGCUCCAAGCUGCGACUACCUUUAACCUGGCAGUGGCGAAUACGUGGUUCCAGAAACGGCCUGAACACCUUAUCACCUAUAAGAGUGGUAAUCACGCGACACAGAUCGACUACUUUCUGAUUAAGAGAAGUAAGUUGGUCUGUGUCAAAAACUGCGAAGUACUGCCGGGUGAAGCAUUGGUGACGCAGCAUAGACUGCUACUAAUGGACAUUACAAUCAGUUACAAGUACCUAAGGAGAAAAAACCGUCUCUCGCCAAAAAUUAGAUGGCGUAUGCUAGAGACAGAUGAGUAUGCUGGUCGAUUUAGGGAAAUAAUGAUAGAAAACAUCUUGGAAAUGAAGGAUAUGAAAGAGAAAUCUGCGAAUGAUUGUUGGGAUGAAAUGGCAAAUAGUGUCAGGAAGACAGCUAAGGCUGUGCUCGGCGAAUCAAAAGGGAAAGGUAUAAUUGACAAGGAUACAUUGUCAUGGUGGUGGAAUGAGAAUGUACAGAGAGAAUUGAAAGAAAAAAAGAAUGCAUUCAAAAAGUGGCAACUAGAAAGAGGUAAUGAAAGUGAGAGGCAAGCUAGGAAGAAUGAGUAUAGAGAAUGUAAGAAAAAGGCCACUAAAGCGGUUGCUAUAGCCAGGUCUGACGCUCAGAAACGGUUGUAUGCCGCUUUAGAUGGACCUCGUGGACAAAAGGAACUUUACCGUAUUACAAGAGCUAGAGAAGAAAGAGCGAAAGAUAUUAAGCAUGUCAGAUGUAUGAAAAAUGAGACAGGUAAAGUUUUAAUGAGAGAUGACGAAAUAAAAGAGCGCUGGAAGAUAUAUUUUGAAAAAUUAAUGAAUGAGGAGAACGACUGGAAUAGAGUGAUUAAUAGGAAGCCAGAGAACGUCGGACUUGUGAAUGAGAUUAGUAUGUAUGAAGUUAGAGAAGCAGUGAGAAGUAUGAAAAGCGGAAAAUCGGAAGGACCAGACGGUAUACCAGUGGAAGUAUGGAAGAUAUAA